AACGGACGACUUUACCAUCAUUAGCGGUUAAGCUUUCCCCGAGUAAAGGUUACUUUUGAUCAUCUUGCCGUGUGUUUUAUAAUCCGAACAACUAGUACUACCUGUAUAAAAUGGGGUUCUUGAGUCAUACCAAGGCGGUUGUGGCCUUGCUGGUUAUUCUGGUUUUUACCAAUUUAGCAGCAACCGAGAAGAAAGCUGAUACGAAGAAGGAAAGAAGAACAAGAGCAGAUGAAGUGGAAGAGAUAACGGAAGAGAAAGGAAACGGGAAAGAGGCCAAGGCUGGGAAAGAAGUGAAAGAAGAGGCAGAAGCGUUGGAUUCUGCCGAGAAAAAUGAAGAAGAGGAAGACGAUGACCGCGUUCAAGAGGAUAAAGAAGAGACGGAAACUGGGAGUACUACUGAUGCAGAAGAAGAAGAGAUAGAAGACCCAGAACAGGAGGCGACGGAAGAAACGGAAAAAGCAAAAGAGGAGGGUGAGAACAAAGAGAUCAAUGGAGAACGAGAUGAGAGGGUUCGAGAGCUGACAGAAGAGGAGCUGGAAGCUGUCUUAAACAAAAACUGCUCGCUGGUCAAUCUGGACGACGACGAGGGCGGCAACUCUGGUUCGGAAGUCGCGGCAUAUCCUUGUAAUGUCGCACUGUGGUUCCAGGGGGAAUUGCCGAAGUGGAUCAAAACCUUCAAUUUCGUUAAGGAUGUGGAGGCCUUGUCACGGAAGGAACUGGACGAAGCUGCAAAAGCUGUUUGCGAAUGCAAAAUCAUCGACAUCAGCGACUUCUGCAGCGCCAGGGUGAGGGUAGCAGCUCAGAAGAUCAUCGACGGGUGUCCCAGGAACACGAUCGUCACCAGAAUCUUCAGGCAGGCGGAGUCCCAUUUCGGCCCGCACCCAGAUCUGUACGAUGUGGGGAAGGAGGAGGUCCCCAGUGGACAAAUAGAUCUCCCUUAAGGCUCUCAGAUACAGUUUUGAUUUCAUGAGAAUAUUUAAUUUUCUGUGGCAGUUACUAAGAAAAGGGAAAAGAGAAUGAAAGAGCCUAACAAAUAAAAGAUCCCUCAUACGACUAGGAGGCGCCGUUGUAUAGGUAAAGCCUAGACCCAUAACCCUAACCAUUACCAUAGAUAUAGAGAGGCUAUAUCUAAAGAUAAAUCUGUACAGAUAGCUUUCGGGAAUCUGUUCGAGUCCCUAUUUCGGCCAUCUGUACAGAUUUAACUUUAAAAAAUAUGUCUACGUAUUCAUAACUGCAGACUUGCUUCUCCAUCUUAAGACUAAUUCUACUAUGAGUGGGACGUAAUGCUAGGAUGCCUUAACUUACGGUUUUUUGUGAAGCUGUUCCAACUGAUGGUCUUUAUAAAGAUCAGUAAGUUAUGGGUUUAAUAAAACUUGCCAGUGGGCAUGCCCCUCAACUUCCAGAAGGAGCUAAAGGUUGGUAGCUGUCAUAUAUAAUUGUGCGCUAGCUGAGUGUCUAUUGUUUUACUGUACGCUAGCACUGUAACUGUUUGUAUACAUAAGCUGCCCAGAUGAGGAAUAAAAUGAAUGCCAUAAGCACCAAUAA